GUUGAAACUUAAUGUUACAUCUUUAACACUACUGAUAAUGUCAAUUUUUAUUGAAGAAACUUUACAGGAAUGGGGUCUUGAGGAAUACAUUGAAAAAUUUAAAGAAGAACAGAUUGACACGAAUGCAUCCCUGUAUAUGUCUGAUUCGAUGGUUAAAGAAUUAAUUCCCAUAAUCGGAAAACGUUUCUGUUUUCUUGAAAAUCGGAAGAAAUUACUGGAAAUUAGAAACAAUAAAUCCAUUACUGACAAUUCAGAUUCGGUAGGAUAACUUCUACUUCUUUUCUAAUUCUAUGAUUGUAUUUGUGUUAGAAUUAACAAAUCUUUUUUCUUUUAACCAACAUAUAGGCUUGUAUUUAUA